AUGCCCUCCUCCCACAGCAACAACCACGUCACUGACUGGUUGGCCCGCCAGCAAGCUGUUCGCCGUAACCAGCGAUCAGCCCAAGACCCUUAUCCCACUACCCCUCCUGACGCUCUUUCAACGUCUGGCAUGGACUCCUCUGAUUCUGUGCUGGCUCUUGCCCACGGCAGGCUGGCAAGAGAUCUCGAGGAGGAGUACCGGGUCACGGCCCAAAAAUUCAAGGAGUCGACGGCUCUGCUGGCAGAGCUGAGACGGUAUCCUCAGUGGAACCCUGUCCCACUUAGGAGGCGUUCGGCAGCUCGAGCAAUGCAGCUGUAUGAUUUGAUCAAGAUUGCCACCGCACUCGAGAUCGCAGAGGCUCGAGAGCGCAGGUUCUACGAGUGGUGGAGGACACUGAGCACUGCCGAGCAACAAGCACGCUUGUCUUUUGCCCAAGACGUGGCUCCUCGCCGAUGGCCAGACAAGGCUUGGCUGUAG